UUCCCCUUAAACUCCCUUCGGAACAUCGGAUGGAAGAAUAUCACUUAAUUCCCACCUCCCCAUCAUCCCAUCUCGUCCCAUCCCUCUCUCUCUUCUCUGUCUCCUUUCCAGUUCUUUGCACGAUAGAUAAUAAGAUAGGCCGUCGGGACCAGGGGAUAUCGUUACAUCCGCCGUACCCACGAAGUUGAAAAGGUAGACCAUCCAUCCGCCCGAACACCCUUCUCGACAUCAUCUCCGUCAUCAGGAUGGAGAGCACCGACUCGUCAGGCUCGCAGCAGCAGCAGCCGCAGCUCCCGCCGGGCUUCCGGUUCCACCCCACAGACGAGGAGCUGGUGGUCCACUACCUCAAGAAGAAAGCCGCCUCCGUCCCCCUCCCCGUCACCAUCAUCGCCGAGGUCGAUCUGUACAAGUUCGACCCUUGGGAACUCCCAGGCAAGGCCAACUUUGGAGAACAGGAAUGGUACUUCUUCAGCCCCAGGGACCGUAAGUACCCCAACGGAGCGCGUCCUAACCGAGCUGCGACGUCCGGGUACUGGAAGGCGACGGGGACGGACAAGCCCAUCCUGACCUCCGGGGGGACCCAAAAGGUCGGGGUGAAGAAAGCCCUCGUUUUCUACGGCGGCAAGCCCCCCAAAGGGAUCAAGACCAACUGGAUCAUGCAUGAAUACCGGCUGGCUGACAGCAGUCCCAGCAGCAGCGCCAGGCCGCCCGGUGGCGACGUCGGUAGCAAGAAGGGCUCUCUCCGGUUAGAUGACUGGGUCUUAUGCCGGAUCUACAAGAAGAACAGCAGCAGCAACAAUAACGGCAGGCUGACGGACCGUGACAAGGAGGACUCCAUGGAUGGCAUGCUGGCUCCUCCAGCACUGACACCACAUCGAGCCAUCGGCACGCAGACCAACCCAAGGCCUCAACCUCAGAGAGCUCCCAACAACUACACCGCACUGCUCGGCAACGACGAGACCUUCUUUGAGGGGCUGCUCACCACCGAGGAUGGACUGGCUGCCAAUCCCAUGACCCAGUUUGCCGGUGCCCCGAGAGCCAAGCUGGACCUCUCCACCGUUCAGACCAACAGCGGCACACUCGCCCCGAAACGUCCUCUCACUUCCCCAUACUGGAGCGAUGGAGGGAUGGGCACACCACCGCCAACCAAGAGAUUCCAAGGCUGCAACCACGGAAGCAGCGGCAACAGCACCACCACCAACAACAACACCAGCAGCGGCAGCAACAGCAGCGCCACCACCAACAACAAUAACAACAGCAACAACAACCAUGGCGGCCACACGAUCACUGCUCUCCUCAAUCAGAUCCCCCAGGGCACGGCUUACCAACCCCAAACGAUCCUAAGUUCGCUUGGGGACGGCAGUGCCAUCUUCCGGCAGCCAUACCAACUCUCCGGCAUGAACUGGAGUUCCUAAUAGGAAAAAUUCCCAUGGUGUGUAUUGAUUUCUGCUUAAACUAUUAUUAUGUCCAUAAAAGAUCGAUGCAUGCACACAGGGUGGAUAUAGCGGUAUAGCUGCUGAUGCUAGAACCCCAUAUCUGGAUAGGCCACGUGCCAACUCUAGGGUCCACGAUGGCUCCCUGGCUUAGUGAUUGCCAUCGGAUUGUGCAACCAGAGAUUCGGGUGUGAUCUUUCGAAAGGCACUUAGUUGUUUAUAAACACAAAGGUAUGGUAUAUAGUCUCGAUUCUGCAGUAAAAUCAGACAAGGUUCUGUGAGUGGAGCUGUUUCAGUGAGUUUCAGGUGAGAUUUGCUCUUAGUAUAUAUUGUAGAUUGUAUACUAUAAUUAUAUAAACCUUGCUUUGAUAUAAAUUUACGUACAUUUACGCAUCACUGUAUGUUGGUGCUA